UCAGAAAGAUGGUAGCUUACAGCUUUCAUAAUAACAUCGGUUUUAGUGCUGUGAACUAGCUGAUUUUUGUCACUUGUUAGUUUACUAGUACGGUGAUAACUGGUGUUAAAUUGAAUUCCGAACAAUGCCGAAAUAUUACGAAGACAAAGAGGAGGAUAACAGAGCAUGCGCAGGCAUCAGAGAAGACUUUAAGGCAUGUCUCCUUCAGCACGACUGUGUUGUUAAGGAGGGAAAGAAACCCAGUGAGUGUCUAAAGGAAGGCCACUGCAAAGCCCUGCAGACAUCCUUCUUUGAGUGCAAGAGGUCAAUGCUGGACGCGAGGUCGAGAUUCAGAGGAAGGAAAGGAGAAUGAAGAACCAGGCGAAAUCUGAUGCAUCUUUUUAGGGUUCAAGCAGCUCUGAGUACGUGCAUUGAUGUCCAGGGAAUGUUCCAGCGUUACAAAUACCUGCUGUGGACAUGUGUUGAGAAAGUUGGUGACGCACUGAAAACAGGAUUACCGACUAAUCAAGCUAAGUGCAGGACUGGGGACAAAACCUGUACAACUCUUCUGAUUGAUGAGAGUUUUUAUUUCUUGGGAGAAAAAUGUUGGAUGAGUGUGUGUUUAAGGAAAUGCAAACACUUGUAAUAAAUUAAUGAUUACAAUGGACAAGAGUUUGCUUCAAAACAUUAUAUUGAACUUCUGAUUGAUAGAAAACUUGUCUACAGUAUACACAUUAUACAAAUGAGGUGUCCUACACAGGGGCAGUGCUAUGUCAGUCAGUUCCCAGGUGUAGCUUGCAGUUUCUGCUCUAUGCAGGGUGCUGACUUAUGACCACCAUUGCAAACAGUUUAAUAUCUCACUUGUUACAGUUUCUUCAGUCACAGAACAAGCAAAUCAAGUUCUUCAUGUCCCCCCCAUGUACCUUCACAGUUGGGUCAUUCCACAAUUAAAGUCAGUUCGACCCCUUCAGAAUUACACUAUAAUUAAAACAGAUGUGGCUCAAAACUCUUUAUUUUUGAGUCCUUGUAACUUCUUAAGUAUCAGAGUGAGCUCAAAUUCUCAAGAAUGAAAAACAAAUGUAUUAAAUUCCACUCAGUAUCAUUAAAUAAAGAAAUGUCUGAUUUUUAUUCAAGACCUUUUUUUUCCUUCUUAUGAUCAACUCUGAGCAUCGAUAUCAUGGGAUGUGUCUGUUUCAGUAGCAAAACUACAACACUUGUCCAUCACAGUAAUUAUGAAGGAAAUAUAAAGGCUUUCUAAAAUCCUAGCUGGAGAUGUCGCCGAUCACAACAGUGAUUAUAAACUUUCUGUUAAGCAGGGCUCUUUAUUUUAGGCUCUGCAUUCUUUCACAUAAUAAUGGGUGUUUUACAUGCCACGCAACUCUUCUUCCUUAUGAAGGCAUGGCUGUAGCUGAGCAAAUCAUCGACUAAUGGAAGACUGGUGGUUUGAUCAGAAUACAGAAUUAGAAUACUUUAUUAAUGCCUAAGGAAAUUAUGUCAAUUUUAAUACUCGAACAGGGACUUGGACCCUCAAUCAUCGCAUUCACAAACCUGGACGUCCAUGUUGCCCGCCCCAUUAAAACAAAACUGU